AAAGUUGGUGACGAGAAAGCAAAACGCACUCACUCGAAAAGCGUUCCGGUUUUUGUGGUGAAAAUUUCGGUGCAAAAGCGCCCCAAACCGGGCAAAAAUAGUGGAAAAAGUGAAAACAGUGCCCAUUGCGUAGAUUGCGACAGCAGAUCCGGCGGAAACUGACAGGUCGCCUGGAGGACGCUGCCAACACUGCACGGAUUGCCGGUCCUGAACAGCCCAUCAUUCUACACGACAAUCAUCGUCAUCAUUUACGUUUGGAAACGGGUUCACUGAUGUUUUGUAUGUGCGGUCCCCCCAUCGUUACACUCCGUCGGCAAAGACAGUGCUAGUAGUAGUAGAAUAAUCGUUUAUGUUGGUGUUUGUUUUUAUGUGCAUCUGAUCGCUCUGGUAUACGGGCGCAGAACAAAAGUACAUACUAGACGGCGAGGAACGAGAGCAGAGUCAGACACAGAAAAGAUGGCCGAUCUGGACGCAGUGAAUCUCGGUCUGGACGAAACGGAACGCGAUAUUGCGGAAGCGCUGGAGAAUAGUUACGAUACGAGAAGCGAAGCAUCUCAUGCAAGCUCGGACAGUACCACGACGAAUCCCAGUAUCAGCGAGGUAAGCUCCGAUUCCUCGGAUGAGGAUGACGACGACGAGAAUACCGAACGGAGAAAUUCUGCUGGCAAAAAGCAGCAGCAAAAGAAGAAAACCAAGAAGAAGGAAGAGAAAGAGCCCAAGAAAGAUGGGGAAAAAGAUGGCGGAAGUAGCGGUGGGACUGCUGCAGCGAAUAACAGUACCAAGAAGGAGCGGAAAUCUCGUAGUCGGAGUCCACAGGCGACGGCUACGACGGCUGCCACGGAAAGCAAAAGAAAUCGCUCGAAAAAUAGCUCCGUGAAAAACUCCGUCAAAUCGUAUGACUAUGUAACUAAAAUAAACUAUCUCUUCCGGGAGACUCGGUUUUUCUUGAUCAAGUCGAAUAACACGGAGAAUGUGACCAUUUCAAAGACGAAAGGCGUGUGGUCCACCCUACCCCCGAAUGAAGCCAACCUGAAUCAGGCCUUCCGGGAAAGCCGAAAUGUCAUCCUGGUGUUUUCUGUAAAGGAAAGUGGCAAAUUCGCCGGUUUUGCACGUAUGGCUGCCGAGGCUCGUCGGGAUCUUCCGGCAGUAGAAUGGGUUCUUCCUCCAGGUAUGUCGGCUAAGGCGCUCGGAGGAGUCAUCAAAAUUGAUUGGGUAUGCAAAAAGGAGCUUCCCUUCACUAGCACUACCCACUUGUACAAUCCUUGGAAUGAAAAUAAACCGGUCAAAAUUGGACGCGAUGGACAGGAAAUUGAACCGAAAGUGGCAGAAGAGUUGUGCAGACUUUUCCCGGAAGAUACGGCCGUUGAAAUGACGCCCAUUCUAAAGAAAUCAAAAGAAGCUUCAAAGUUAAUGAAAGAGAAGGCAGCGUCGAAGUCGUUCCGGCGUCCGCCGAACUUUUCUCGUCCAACCAGUACAAUGAUGCGAGGUGGUCGCGGUGGUGGUGGCGGAGGUCCAAUCCGUGGUGGCCGUAGGAAGAUGUUCCCUGGAAAAGGACGUCCUGGAAUGUUCCCUCCAUACCGCAAGGAUAUGCGUCGUGGACACGGUCCUCGCAUGCCACCGGGUGCGGCUGCAGCUGCUGCGGCUGCCAGUGCUGCUGGUUUUCAUGGUUGGGAACGGUAUAGCAGUACUGCUGCUGCCGAAGCUUACGUUGCUGAUUAUAUGCGCAAUAUGCAGCACCAAUUGCCUCCGAUGCCGUAUGCUCCACCGCCCGGUUUUCCUGGAAUCCCAAUGCCGUAUGAAGGCUUACCACCGCCACCACGUUAUUAUGAAGGAUUACCUAUUCCAGAAUAUCCUCUGCCACCUGGUGCUAUCCCUGGAAGUGUAACCGGAGCUGCCGGUGUGCCGCCUCCACGUCCAUACGACAAAUACGAUGAGUUCAUGUGGAAGCCACCUCCGGGAGGAGCACCUGGAACCACACCAAUUCCCACAUCCACUGCUGGGGGAACCACUCUACCUUCGAUGAAAGGUCCACCACCACCACUACCGAAUUAUCACGUUCCGCCACCGGCCAUGCCCCCGGCAGCCAGCGGUCCAUCGCAUGGACGUAAAAAUGAUCGAGGUGGAGAGGAUAACCGCGGCCAGCGAGAUCGGGACCGUAAUCAUCGGAAUGAUCGCAGCCACCGUGGCGGUAGAGGCUACAACAAUCGGGAUCGACGAUGAUUUGAAGUCUCACCUGUCUCGAAGCGGUUGUCACCCGAUAAAUAUCGCUAAGCUGCGUCCUUUACCUGCAUAUAAGUUACUGCUCCGUGAUAAUUCAUCGAUGAACCUACCACAAACGAUUCAAGUUUGUUUUCUGCAGCCGAAGAAACAAUAGAUCCAGCUUUUCUUAACAACAUCAUCAUCACUUACAUCGAGUACCAUUCAUCUUAGCCGGGGAGUUUGCAGAGACACUUGGCAUUUUUUCAACCAGCCUAGUGGAAGCGUCACGCCACGUGGAGAUUACCGGUGGAAAUGUGUAGUGAUCUCGUCGUUCUCCGAUGGUGUUUCGCUCAUGAGUGGAACGGAAGAAAACAGUGGUUUUUGUGUUGGCAUUUUGCUUACUAUCCCAUUUGAAAAUAACAGUGAAGAAACCCAGGACAUCGUGUCAUUCUCUUCUGGAAUGUGCAGCUCGACGGUUCCUCUUAACGAACUUAGGCUUUGAUUAGUGCGCGGUCUGUUUCUCGAUGAAAACAAGUGAUUAAUCCCUGCGUUAUGGAUUUUGUUAGAUAAAGAAAAGAAGAAUGAUGGUUCAAACAAAAAGUUUGGGAAGAACUUUCCUAACAGAUUCAUGAUGCGCCAAUCUGUUCCAUCUAGAAGCUACGAAAAGUAUUCUCACGUCAAUAAGAAGAAAGUAAAGAAAGCAACUUUGUGAUUGUCUGUCGACGGUAUGGCGGAAGUAGCAUGGACAUAGUGCUAAAUGUGGAUCUCGAUCAUCUCCGUGGUAGAAAGAAAAUAGUGUAUUUACAGACAAUCUGAAGAUACGGAAGAAAAUACAUAAAAUACUUGUGUAAUUGUGUUUAGAAAAAAAAAAGUUUAAAAUUGCAACAAAACUACAAUUAUCAGUACUGCUAGUAUGCUACUAAGAUAUUUACCUAUCCUAUAUAACGCAACCCAUACAUAACCAGUAUGUAUCGACAGGCAAAGCAAACAAAAAAAAAUGAAAUUUAAAUUAUGAACUUUUACUAGUAAUCCAAUAAAGGUUAAGAAACUACCCAAACGAGUGAGAUGAACUUUUUCCCAAACGUACCAGUGUGAAUACCAAAGAAACGACGGUGCUUCGAACAGUAGCCAUGAACUGUUCGCCAACAUAUAAAAAAGAGAAUUUGUGGUGUGAAACGUGGAGAAUUUCGCGAGCUCUGUUAUAACAACGAGCGCGAAAUUAAAUGGACUGGGCAAUACCGAAACCUGUGUGAUACCAACAUAAAAUUGGACUUACCGAUAUUAUAACUUCCCCCAAACCCUCUCAGGUGUAAUGUCGUGUCGUGACACCUGAGGGACGGCAUCAUCAUCAUAAGAGGAAACCUUUCGAAUGAUAGAAGAGAAAUUGUGAUAAAGCCCCAACAUGGCGGCUUGAGUGUGGUGAUAUCUUAUGGACUUAGCUGUACAAAAUUCAACUGUUCAAAUGGGACUGAUUUUUAUAAAAUCGCAGCAAAAUGUGUUUCUUCCACUGAAGUACUAAUUGAGGUGACAUCGAUGCCGGACAACCCUAAAAGACUGCAUAUAUUUUUUGCUCUUGCAAUUAGCCUAUAAAUGCAAAUGCUUCUCACAGUGAGCGGGCAGGAGCAAAGACGUUUAUUUGGAUUCCGUGAAUCCGUUUCAGCUUUCUUCCAUCUCAUACAAACGCGGGUGCUUUUUACGAGCAUCGCAACUGGAUUGAAACUGUACAAUGCAAGAACAAAGGAACACAACAGUGUGUUGGAUAAACGCGUCUUGCACUCAACGGAAAGCGGAGAGACGUGACGCAUAAAGUGAGAAGUAGUAGAAAGUGACCGGUCCGAGCUAUCCCAGCUCCGAUAGCUAGUUACUACUCGAAAGCAGCGGUUCCGGUUCGUUUCAAACGAUAAUGCAAAACUCCAAUCUAAAGAAAGCUAUUUAUUAUAUUAUUUAAAGAUGCAAUAGUGGUUCCUUAAAGGUAUUUUUACAAUACAGAUUUUUCUUGUUUGUA